AUGCUUUUUGUCGAGCUCACUGUCAAGCGACCCGUCACUCAAGAGUCGUUGCAGCUCCUCGAAGCACUUAAUAAGAUCCAGGACACGCCGAAAUUUCACGUUCACAACGCCGUCCUCGAAAUAUGGCUCGCACAGCAUGAUAUCGGAGGGAGACAUAUAUCCGCUCUUCAACACUUGAUAUGCGGUCUAGAUGAUCCCCAAGGAGAGGAACUGCAGAAAGUUCUGCUACGGCCAUGGCUAGUAGGGGGUAUCGAGAAAUGCCUCAAGGAAUGUUACGCCGCAGUACGGACGCACAUCGAGACAGGUCUCGCUUGGACACACUUAGCAAUCGAGCUCCAUUCACUCUGCGCAAUCGUCAAAGGAUCGAAGAAGUGCCUAUCAUUACUACCCUCCGAUAUCCGGAAACAGCUGGACGUCCUACCGACGGUUGAGUACCUUCGGACACUUGCCGCUAUUUACACAUCAGCGGGAGGCGAGAAGGUGAUUGAAACAGACUCAGGUGCAAAUAACUUGAAGAACUCGAUUGAAGCAUGGUGUAUCGAUCGUCUGAUGGAACGAGGGACAAUCAACCAUGCUUCGGAGAAGACAGUCGAGACGAUGGUACAAGUGUGGGACCAGGUCAACAACCCUGACCGACAAACUCUGGCAAUACUCGUAUCGAAAUGCACAGGAACGGACUUCACUCUGCGGUGUCGCUGCCUGAGCCAGAUCAGCACACUGUCUGGAGGCUUCGUCAACACCGUUCUUGCUAUCCUGCAAGACUUCAAGAGCAGGCCGGAGAUCAACUGCAUAGGGUUCAUAAAGCUCCUGGCGAACACUCAAGAUGCUGAAGUGGUCCAGUGCUUCAAGCGCAUCCUCUACCAUAUGAUUGAGAGCCUCCAGCCCACGGCCAUCAUCGACUACUCGUUUCAGCAUCUCAAAGCGUCGGAGUGGUCACAGCUUAUGCUCCAAUUGAGCGCUCUCUUCUCGGACGAGAUCAUGAACCCGAGUGCAUCACCUCCGUUCAUCCUUCAACCACACCUACAUCUCUGGGUACAGCAGCUCUCGGCUUUCUUACCGGUCAUCGCGAGAUUAGAGGAUAUCCUGGGGCCUCAUGCGAUAGCCGUGAAAACUAUCCUGAGAGGUGGCGAAGGGCUCUGGGUGGAGCACCUCGUUAAAUUACUUGAGGCACUGACAAGUGCGAGCGGAUAUCCGGCGGAGAAGCUAAUGCAGCAGAUCGUCGGGAAGCUAUCGAAGGAGGGAAAUAACGCGUCUGAGGUUGCGGAUUGCUUGAAAGCUCUAUUGGGUACGACACCAGAAGGUCUAGCAGCCUGCGAGAGGAUAUACAACGCAAAGCACGGCUUGCUGAAUAUGCCAGGACUGGGCAGCCCCCCGCAGACCCCGGCACCAACUCCAGCUAGCCCCAUGAAGCUCCCCAGGAAACCAGUCCCUAAGGCGGCACCCGCCCAACAGGAGGACAUUCCAGUAGCAGUGAUAGAAGUCAUAAUAGCUGGGUAUCUGCAGGACGAUGGUUUCUGCGGUAAAGCAGCCAUAAGAGUGCUCGCCUUCUUACUCAAUCUCGAGAUCUAUGAAUGGGGCAUUCCGAAGCACAAGCUGCGGCAAGCGACUGCAUACUUUGCGGAGCAAGAAAUGAAGUUGCUCGAGGAAGUCGAUCGUCUACAAAGUUUACAGAAGGCCCUGAGGGCCCGUGAUCCAAAAGGCACGGCGAUCCUUUUAGCAGAGCUCGGAGUCGACGAUAUCAGCCCGUUAGAUGAUGAGAUCGCGGGUCUACCGGUUGGAGUUAUGGACGCGGUGGAGAAGCAUGGGGAUAAUGAGGUGGGGAUUAGCUUUCCUUUCACAUCGUACACAGAUCUGCAACGCGGUGCUAUGGGCCUAGGCUCAGCGAAAACACUCCUCGUACGCCUCUUCUUGGAUUAUUUAACAGACAUGCCACCUGCGUUCUGUAUACAUCUGGAUGCCGAUCCCGGAGAAACCCAUAGUCAGCAUACGCCGUGGUCCACAUCGUUCACAUGGCAGAUGGGUCGGAUCGUACACCGCUAUUUGAAGGACAAAAAGGGCCCCGUCGGUAUCGCAGAUCUGCACGGGUUCGUGAAGCAGAGCAUGGAAGAUAUGACCCAUGGCUGUGUGGUUUGCGGACAGACGCACAACGCGCGGAACACCCAGUUGCGACGGUCGACGCCUUGCACUUCCAGCGGGUGCACAAGAAUAUGGAACAAUGUACCGGUGGAUAUUCGCAUACCCGAGCUUCGCACCGAUACGUUUGCCGUCGACAUGAUUCUCACGACAGUCUACGCAGCUGCUAUGUCCGGACGAACCGAACUCCUCCCCGGUUGCCCAAUCUCCAACACAACGACGGUCACCGCAAUCCUAAACGCUCUGCCAAACCUCAACACACUCCGCGUAGCCACAAAUAUCUCCGCUACCUUGCAAGCAUGCCAUCAACAAGCGGAGAAGCUGCUGGUAUGGGCUUGUACGCAUUUCCGGGGCUUCAUAGCUACCGCAUCCGGGAUAUGCAAGAUCCCGGGAAUGCCGGCUGGAACGCAUCAAUUUAUUUUGGCGAACGCAAGUCCAAGGCUCGAGAGCGACUUUGCUGCGAAGCUGCCGAGAUUCAAUCCUCAGACGAAAGUCCUUUUCCAUGGCACGUCGCUCGACCGGCUUCAAUCGAUCCUGGUCCAGGGCCUGAAAAUAUACUCUGGCACAGCUCUUCAAAGAACUGGGGCCGCCCAUGGCAAGGGCAUCUAUAUGGCUGAAGAGCCAGCAACCUCCUUCUCGUACUCGCCUGCGGCGGUGUCGUGGCGGAAUAGUGGGCUGAACAACAUGAGGCUUCUGCUUGGAUGUGAGGUGGUGGGAAACGGGAGGAGCGUGAGCAGCGGCAUCCAUGUCAUUACGGACGAGAAGACCGUAAUGGUGCGCUACAUUUUCUUGCUGACGAACAGCUCAUAUGCGCCGAAUGCGAAUCACAUUACUCCGGCUAUGGGUAGCGCGAUGACUGCUUUGAGAAGUGGUACGGUGUAG